UUGACGACGAAGAGGAAGGUUCACGCGCUGGUGUUCGUUCUGCUAUGUUGUGCGAAUAAUUUUAAUUUGCAGUCAUUGCUGGUUUGGGCAACGAGCGCGUAAAGAAUGGCCUGUACGCAUUUGACGUUUAUUAUAACGUUAUUCCUCUGUGCAGCAGCAUCGGCACAGUUUCCAGAAUUGAGGGCUGGAAACACGGCAAGUGCUACACGCUUAUUAACUGUCCCGUCGACCGCUAAAGAUACCAACCAAACUACUGACGAACGUAACGACAAUGUCAGCGCGCACAAGAAAGGAGGUAUGGGAACUCCUUGUAUAAAUGACAAGGACUGCUCUGCUGCGAUGGGACUCGUAUGCACCUCCAGCGAAGGGUAUUUAACAUCGCGUUGUGGCUGUGACCGAGAGAAACCGAUCUUCAUGAACGGCUCUGAAGGCGCUUCGAAGUGUGUUAAGCCAAGAUCUUUGCGUGAAUCGUGUAUCAGCGACUCUGAGUGUGACUUUCACAGUCAAAGCAGGAAGUGCAUUAAUGCUGUGUGCAAAUGCAAGCCACCCUACGUGGAACGAGACAACCAAGACUGUGCGCUGCCAGGUAAUCCUCUUGGGCCAGAAUUCCUGCCCGUCUUGGUUGCUUCGGUAAUAUUGCUGCUGGCUUUGUUAGUCUUCGCUGCUGCUUAUCGUUUCCGAAGGCCUUCACAGCUCACAAAGGAAGGGGAAACAUUGAGAAGUCCCACGAGUAGUGUUCAUGGAUCAAGCGAAGCCAUCCCUGUCGAAGGAGGACACUCAGCUGCUCCAUCACAUAGUACGAAACCCCCGAGUACUACUCCAAGACAUCUGAGCAGUACCGCAACCAACCAGCAUACCAACAAGAUCAGUAUACUGGACGCUUCAGAAGUUCAUCAUUCCUGCAUUGAUACUGAAACUGACAGCAUUAACGCCCUGUUACAGGGCUCCGACAGAUUUUCAGAAGAUCUGCGUAAAAAUGUAAACAAGAUGCCGGGCCCUAUCGCAGCUAUCCACAGGCCGAGAGAGUACCCCCUCAAGUUGGUACAUGCCGAAGAGAAAGUGACCGUUCACAUUCCACACGGAAGGGAUAUGGUACCAAACGACAGUGUGAACUCUAUCGGAGAACUUGCGAAUGUGAGUGGUUUGAAGCAGUCUGUAGAGGUAAAGAAAGCGAGACCAUUACCCAAAGAGAAACAGGAGGGCAAGGAGUGUGGGCAUGGUGCUCAUGUCCGUGACUGUGUUAUACACAUGGGUGAAGAGCCUGACAGCACAGCUGGCAGAAACAGCAAUCGCCCUCCAUUGAGGGACAUUCAUCUCCUAUGCGCCUAUGAGAACGAAAAAGGCGAAACAAUUCUGAAAGAGCUAAGCGAUCAUAGCUUUAUAGUUGAAGCAAUGAAGCGGAUGGGCGAGAAGAGCAGGAAGAGCGAACGUGGUGAGGAUACCACCACGUCUUCAGAUGACCAACCAACGUCGUCACUUGCUACGAAAUCAACGAAUGGGCCAUAUUCGCCGUUCGCGUCCAGACGCCACGCUUCAGGCUCGACAAAUACCCGCGAUGACGUAAAAUCUACUGAGACGUUUUCAAAAGUUGAACAAAUCUAUAAUCGCGAUCUGAUCGCUCGCAAGGCAGGGCAGGAGGAUGUUACUUUGUCUAACAGCACAGGGGAGAGUCAGGUGUUGUUCAGUAAUGCCAAUGGCACUGACACGCAAGAAAAACAUUCUAGGCGGGAAGUGAUUGAGACAUCUCCAAAGGGAUUGUCACACCCUAGGAAACUGCCGAGAAGUGUGUCCUCACCUGAUAGAUUGUACAGCGCCACCACACGCUUCCCUACAUUGACAAGUCCUGCGACUACUCAAAGAGAAAUCACUCCACCUCCUAAAAGUCGAGAAAUGGAAGCUCGGCACUCGAACAAGAAUAUGCCUCGUGAUACAGCCAGGGAAAAGACAGGAAAUAUUGAAUGCUGUGGUGAGAAUGACCAUGCACCAUUGCCAAGUGCCGGAUUCAACGUUGAGAGUACUCACGAAGGUGGUCGCACGGAGGGAUCGGAUAGCAAUCAUCACAAAUUUAUUGCCAACAUGAAACCUCAUACCGUCUAUCAACUGUUACAAAGAACAGAAGAGCGCGAAGGGGAUGUUAUAGAAGCAAGAAGAGCUAAUGACGACAUCGAGCAGCCGGCACCGAAAAUUGGCGGGCAAUUUGUAGAGGAUGCAAUGCAGAAGCAAGGGUGGAGCAAAGGCACGGAUGCGAAUGUUCUUCCAGAGAAAAGCGAACACUCUGAGCAGAAAGGGAACUUCGCAGCUGAAGCCGAUACGACUGGUCAGGCCGCACCCCAGACCGGCGUUCCAGAGAAGGCUGUUGAGCAAACGUCCUUCCAUGCGGCCAGACACCCGCUGGUACCUAACUCUGAUGCAGGCAGUAAAUCUAGUGGUGUACCUACGACAAUUCCUCCUGUUUCAAGCGCAUCUACUGAUACGCGCAGAACAGAAAUGAAUGCAUAUGGCGUCCCAGGGCCAUUCACAUCACCUUUAUCCUCAAGCUUAAAUGACAACCGUCCUACCAGGGAACCGCCGGACACCAGUGAUGCCCAGACUGCAUCUCCAGCACUAUCAUCACGUCACGAGAUCACGACACGCCAAGUAGUGAAGCUAGAAAAGGCCCUCUCCCGCACCAGAAAGCCUAGGGCCUCGCAAUCUAGGGCUCUGAGAAAGACGCAGUCUUUCGGACUGACCCAAACAACACAGAAUGUAAGCACAGAGGGGCCAUCCGAAAAGAAGCAAGAUGGGUCUAAUCCCAUGACUUCAGAAAGCAAAAUUAAAAAUGUGAUAUUGCGAGGGGGAGAAAAUGAAGCACUUGAAAUAAAGACAGACUGUGACAAAGAGAUAUUGUUAGCUAGUGGAACAGAGGGGAAAGCAUCACAAAUUGUUCACGAAACUCGGACGAUUGAAGAGAAGAUUCCCAGGACUUCUGAGAGAGGUGGACAAAUUCCUCAAGUGCAGAAUGAAAAGACUACACUAAAGCGCAAGAAAGCUGCAAAACGAACUGUGUCAAAAAGUUCGUCAUCACACAUGGGUUUGGCAGAACAUGCGGAGCCUAAAGCACAAGAAUACACUGCACUAACUGAAGGAGCAGAGCGGGAUCAACUCGUAGAUCAAGCUCCACCAAAAGGUUCUCUGUCUCAUGUGAGCCCUGCAGGACACGCAAAAUCUGAAGUACCACAAGAAGGUACCGUUACUUCAGUAACACAGAUGGCAACGGAGGUCUCCAGUACACAACAAGAGUCACAGUCGUCUUCUACCGAUGCUAGCCACCCUACAGUAGGAGGAAUUCCGAGAAUUUAUGCUGACAAGACAAAUGCUCAAGAAUCAUCCUCCACUGAACGCCAGGAGUCACAGUCGUCAUCACACGAUGACGUCGGGUCCACGACAAGCACAUCCAGCAAGAGCCAUGUCAACACUGAGAGCAACGCACAGGAAAUAUUGGACACUGCACAACAGUCAUCGUCGCAUGAUGUUGCCAAGUCAGCAAUAGAGGCAUCAAGUGGCGCCCGUAUUGACAGUAAUGACAAAACACAAAGCGAGCGUAAGGAAAAUGAAUCGAGAUAUAAACAGGAUACUACUAAACAGAACCCGCAAACAUCUUCAAGCAAUUCUUUGGCGAAUGAAGAUGAGUCACUGGAUAAACAGGUACCAGAAAAUCUACCAGACAUUCACAAGGCUGAUACCCAGCAUGCUCCAGUGCAGGAAAUACCAGCAACGGACGACAUUGCAGCCUACUCUAAAGCGAAAACUAAGACCGUUGCUCCAGUGCGUGUAACUCCUGAGCAGGAUAUCGUCUGUGCAACGACCAAUGAUGCCGUGGGACAAAGGUACACUGAAGAUCCUACCCAAUCGGUGCACAAAGAAAAUGUGCGAGAGCUUUCCAUAGAGACUCCAAGGACGGCCCUUAUCAAUCUGAUAUCAGAAACAGAUGAUCCCUUUUUAAGAUCUUCAGUUCUUACGAUGAUGACAACAGAAAACAGUUCCGAGCAACCGACAGCGCUCGAAGACUGCUCGCUUCCAUGGAACGUUCUGUGUCCUCCUGGGAAGCCCUUUCAUCCUCCGAAACCAGAUGGUCUGCCAAAGCCAGACUUCUUGUCAGGACUCGAUAUUAUGUCAAGACAACGACACCUCUCAGAAGAAUCAUCGUCUUCCGCGGUAAACAAUGCAUCGCAUUAUCCCUCGGCGGCCAAGGGAGUGUUACACGAAAGGCCUGCAACAACUGUAACAGCCACCCGUAAAGAAGUUUCAGAACAGAAUUCACCUGGGGCACCUGUGCACACUUUUGAACCAUGCCCCUCAACGUCCCGAUCACCUGGUAAAGAGCUGCACUCUGAUGCCACUAACCGAAAGAUAAAACGCUGCGACAUCGCCCGGGUCAUCAUGAUGGGCAAUGAACACUACCUUCGUGAGCGUUAUUCCAUGCCUCAAGAGUCGAGGCCUGCGUCGACAGUGUUGGAUGAAACGCAGUACAUUGUAGGAUGCAUUACAGAUCGCGGUGCAUCUCAUCAAACUCCUGAUCAGCCUGGUAAGCCGUCUCCCUCGCUUACGCAAUCCCCCUCCCCGGGCCUUUCAGCUGCGCCGCGAUCUACAACCCCGUCUGCUGCAUCUCUGACGCCACAUGAAAAACCUACAAAACAUGGCAUUCGCGAAGAGUUCGUUGAAAUUGUCUACGAUAUCCAGCUAAAUAACGAAGUUGUAACGGACGCCUUGCGGAGCAUCAAUCUCGACAACAAAGUGGAGAAGCCAAAUAACGUUGGCGGUGACGUGACCAAUAUACAUAGGGACGAAAGAAGAGAAUCCAUUAAAGGGGUUGGUGACUCUGAAUCACGUGUGGAUCGCCUACCGCCUUCGCUAAGGAGGCUGAAACAUGAUAUGGAUAAUUCACAGUUGGAAGCAGCUGCAGCAUUGUCAACUGCUGGUUCUUCGUACGAGAUGACAAAACGGGGUGCAGCUCGUGGCCGUUCCACGAUGUUCUAUGCCAGACGCGUAAGGGGUGUGGGCCAAUACACUAAGUCCAAGUGUUCACAUUGCAACCGAUGGUGCCGACAGCGGCUGGACAAUCCAACGCCCUUCUUGCAUAAUAACCGAACAGAUAAAACGAAAUCAAACGCUAGAAAAAUUUUUACAUCAAGAAAGAAUACAGGAGCAGCCGCACCUUUGUCUACGGCAAUACUCGAGGAAAAUCAACAAGUGGCCAGCCACCAGAGGAAUUACGAAGCAGAACUGUCCCAGGUGAAAGGCAACGAGUCGGGGUAUUCGGCUACGCCAAGAUUGCAGCAUCACGAUUGGAUCUUUGCCAGCGGCACACAUGAGGAGCACCAUGAAAACGAGGGCUACAAGGAACAAACCUGCUCGGACGAUGAGACAUAAUGUCAUGCUGUAAAUAAAUGUAUUAUAUUUCA